AUGAGCGGCAUAGGAUUCCAGCAGGAGACCAUUGCUGUUACACUUGCCCACGUCUUGUUUUCCCAUCACUCACUCCCACGACAUAUGAUCUCUGCCGACACGGGCGUUAAAGUCAUCGAGAAUAAUCAGCUUGUCUUCCUUGGGAACGGCCGAGAUGGUGUCAUUCAGAUUCUCGUAGAAUCUUUCACCACUUCGAGAGCUGUCAGCAUGCUGACCAGUUUAGACUUUAUGGCAAAACCAACUACUGUCUGGCGUCGCUCGUUGUGUCCACGUCUAAUCCAAAAACAAAAAUUGAUAGAGGAGUUGGACAACAAGCUAUCACCACGCAACACAUAUUCGCAUGUUGAUAUGGAGGUGGAAUGGGCUCCUUUCCGUGAUGCGGUUCACGCUGCAGCUUCAGAAGUUAUGGAACCCAUCACCCGCAAGCACUCAAACUGGUUCGACGACAACGACAGGCGCAUCCAGACUUUACUGGAGGAGAAACACCAACUCCACCCAACACUCUUUAAAAUCCCGACCUCCACAUCAAAGAAGGAAGCCUUUGGUGCUGUCAGGAGAGUUGUUCAGUCUGAACUACGCCGUAUGCAAGGAGGAAUCGCGUCAAACGAAAACUUUUCCUCUAUCAUAUUUACAUAUCUAUCUAUCUCUAUCUAUCUAUCUCUAUCUAUCUCUAUCUAUCUAUCUCAUCUAUCCCUAUCUAUCCAUCUCAUCCUCUAUCCCAUCUAUCUAUCUCAUCUAUCCAUCCCAUCUCAUCUAUCCAUCCAUCUAUCCCCAUCCAUCUAUCUCUAUCCAUCCAUCCCCAUCCAUCCAUCCAUCUAUCUAUCUAUCCAUCUCAUCUAUCUAUCUCAUCUAUCCAUCUCUAUCUAUCUAUCUCAUCCUCUAUCUAUCUAUCUAUCUCCAUCUAUCUAUCUAUCAUCUAUCUAUCUCUAUCUAUCUAUCUCAUUCUAUCUAUCUCUAUCUAUCUAUCUCAUCUAUCUCUAUCAUCUAUCUAUAUCUAUCUAUCUAUCUCAUCUAUCUAUCUCUAUCUAUCUAUCUCUAUCUAUCUAUCUCAUCUAUCUAUCUCUAUCUAUCUAUCUCUAUCUAUCUAUCUCUAUCUAUCUAUCUCUAUCUAUCUAUCUCUAUCUAUCUAUCUAUCUAUCUAUCUAUCUCUAUAUAUAUAUAUAUAUAUAUAUAUAUAUAUAUAUAUAUAAAAGCGUUUACUGGUAA